ACACGAUAAGUCAGGCAGGAGAAUCUUGAACCCUGUAAAGAUUUGAAUAAUAGCAGAAAAAUGGAGGAACGUUACGUCGUCGUCUAGGUUGGUCCUAGAAUUAAAUGUAGAGCAAUAAAUGGAAAGAGAUAAUAAGAGAAAAGUAGGUCUAUGAUAUUUGGGAUUCACAAGGUGUGUAUGUUUGUGCAGUGUGCCCAUACCACCAUUGCUCAUCUCAUGCUACUCUUCCUUCAUUUCACAAUACAAAAUACAAAAUCACAACUCUCCUUUGUUUCAUUUCAAACUCAGUAUAGACCACCAUUCUCUUUUAAUGCAUCCUAAAAAAUACAGAAUGAUUCUGUAUUUAAUAGAAUUCAAAUUAUCAUAAAAUUGAAUUCUUUGGUAAGAAGUAUAUUUAUUCAAAAUAUACACAAAUUUUGAAUAGUUUUAUUACAUACGUCUGUUUGAGCCAUGAAUCAAAUCAUUUUAAACUAACCUCCUCCUAAAUCGCAUUGGAACACAAGAGAACAUGACUUCUCACUGUUUUUUACUAGAUCAAGAGCAACUUACUUUCAAGAUAUUGACUUGCACGUGAUUAUUAGAUGCAUAAGUGAUGAUACCUUUUUAGGGAUGGCAAUUGGGACCUUAGCCCGUGGGCUAAGCCCGUAAAGUCCCACUGCGGGGCGGGUUUGGGCUUAGAUAUCUUAGGCCCGAGAUAUUGCGGGUCUUGCGGGUUGGUCAAUUUCGGGUAUGGGCCAAUGCGGGGCGGGUCGACGCGGGUUUGCGGGGCAUUCGAGACCCGCGUGUCUUCUUCACCAGAGACGUUUGGUGUUCUGCUAACCGACGAAAAAGGUGAGAAAUGGCGACUGUGGAGGCAAUUCUGAACCUUCUCUUCCACUCGUCGACUAAGGUCACCACUGAGCCUUAUCUUCAUCACCUCUUCCUCGAUCUACCACCAUCUACCAUCUAUACAGAUGUGCUGAGAAGCUUUACUACAAAAUUAGACACACAUGAACCACCACCACACGAGUCAAGCAACAACAAAGAAAUGAGGACAGCAUUUUCACUACCCGCGGGCCGGACCGCAAAGUCCUAUAUAGCAAGCGGGGCGGGUUUGGGUAGAGGUUUGGGAACCGCGGGUUAUGGCGGGCUGACCCGCAAAGAUCCGCCAGAGAUAGAGACCGCAGCGGGGCGGGCCACGGCGGGGCGGGUUGUCCCAAUUGCCAUUCCUAUACCUUUUUAA